AUGAAGAUUCUUUUGGGAAAAUCACAAAUUGCUUUCCGAAAAUGCAAGGGAAAUAAUGGAACUUUAACCGCUGGCGAAUUGAAGAAUCCAGGCAGACUUGAGAGAUUAAUACAUCAUGAUGAAGGUUACAAGUUUCUAAGAGCACUUAGAGGAUCUCCACCAUAUUUUGAAAAAGCCAAGAAAGAUUUGUUUGCUAUGAUUCGUAAACUUGGACCAGCAACAUUGUUCUGUAGUUUUUCAUCUGCGGAAACAAAAUGGAUUCACUUACUCAGAAUACUUGGAAAACUUGUUGAUAAUAAAAAUUAUAGUGACAAUGAACUAGAGAAUUUGAAAUGGGAAGAGAAAUGCAGGUUAAUUCAAAGCGAUCCAGUAACUUGUGCAAGGCAUUUUGACUAUCAGUUUAACACGUUUAAAGGCGUUUCUCACGAGUAG